CAUCCAUACCUUUCUUCCCUACACUACACUACACACUUUGAUUUCUCAUUUUCUCUCAACAACAAUCAUCAUAUUAUCAUCUUCACAAAUCUCCCAUUUUAAUUCUAAUUUUUAUAUUUUUUUUAUUUUUCAUGAAAUGGCCUCAAAUCCAUCAAAAGAAGAAGAAGAAGACUACAUAGACAUGGAAUUAAUUACUUCUUCCCCACAGAGCACAGAGUUUGAGUUUACCUGUAAUGACAAAGAAUCCACCACUUCUCCAGCUGAUGAGCUCUUCUACAAUGGCAAACUCCUCCCCCUCCACCUCCUCCGCGCCGCCGCCGCCGCCGCUGCAACGACAAAAUUCAAUGUCAGUAAAGCUUCAUUUGAAAAUGAAGAAGAAGAAGAAGAUGUUUUCUACUCAAUGCCAUUGCCAAAGUGCUCCACAGCACCAUGCACCAACACUGCAAACACCCCGGCCGAUUCUGUCAACAUCUCGCCGUCGGAAUCGUGCAGGGCGAGCUGCGAACUCAAUCACGACGACGACAACUACUUCUUCGAAUGGUCGACAGAACUCACCGGCUUCAUCAGCAAUCGACAGCCGACAAAAAAGAGCAACUGGUCAAAGAAACUCAAGAUAAUCAAGCAUAACAUUCUUGCCCACAAGCUCCGGGCUUCGAGAGCUUACCUCAAGUCAUUGUUCGGAAAAUCCGACGAGCCCGGCAGCACGAAUUCCAGCGCCGGAAACUUUUCGGGAGCCAAUGAAUGUUCGGAGAAACAUUCGAAGAUUUCCAAGAGAAUACCUUUCAGGGUGAUUGGAAGAACUCCAUAUCCUACAAUAGCUGCUAUAAUGAAAGAUGGCGAUCGAGAAAAUGUCCACCGGAGAUCCUUCUCCGGCGCGAUCAAACGCCAUUCCCCGAACAAGUCCCUGUCUUCUUCGUCGUCAAAUUCUUCCUCCGGCGCUUCCUCUUCGUCAUCCUCUUUUUCGCUCAAUUCGACUGGUCUUUCCGAGCUUCAGUUUCUCAGGAGGAGCACCAGUGCUAAAGAGAUCGAGAGUUCGAUUGAGGCUGCCAUUGCUCAUUGCAAGAAAUCUCAGCAGGUUUUUGAUUCAAGAAACUCAUCCGGGGAGCCUGAAAUUUGUUCACAGAUUUAAUGUAGCAUUCGAUAUAUAUACUGUUUUAAUCCAUCACAUAAUCUAUAUGUCCACAUGAAAAUUCUUGAUUAUGUAUAUAGAUAGAUUCAUACAGCUUGAAUUAUACAUAAUAAUUUCUUCACAUUCAAUUAAACAGAUUCUGCAUUUCAUUUCAAAUUUCAAAUAAACCCCCAAAAUGAUGAUGUAUUUUCUUGAUUCAAAACCCAUUCUUUAAGACUUUCCAAAGCCUACCCUAUACCAAAAGGAAAGCACAGUACACCCAAACUUUUCAGAAAUGAAAAGGGUUCAGAAGACUACAA